AUGAGGUCAUCUCACCAUCCCAAACAGGAAAACGAGUCCACAAGGGGAAAUUGCUCCUCUGGGCCGCUGCCCACCCGGGCAGCCAGGCACCUGGCGGCCCUGGCCUGUGCGGCGGCAGGGCCUCGGCGGGCGGCAGGCGGCACGGAAGGUGGCCGGACGCUGCUGCUGGGCCUGACCCGCUGGGUGUCCAUCUGCAUAUUCAGGAGUCGUUCCCAGCUGGUUGGCUGCCUCGGGCCUCCCCACUCCCUCUUUAAAGGCCUGAGCGCGGCGGGAGGACCGGCACGGCGGCACCGCGCUCCCGGCGCUCGGCUCGGCUCGGCUCGGCACAGAGUGCUCGGACAGCACGCUGCUCCCUGCACGGCUGUGCCACCGAGGAGCGCCCAGGGAGCCCGUGAGCGGUGGCUCAGUUCUGGAGAAGGAACACUGCCUUCGUCUUCUGGGCAUCUUCGGCCCGUUCCUGUCUUUUUCUUCAGCACUAGCAGGCUGAAACAUCAAACACCUGGGAAGCCUACCAGUCUGUCCAGGCAGGAAGAAGAUAUGAUGGACAGCAGGACUGGCUUUGAGCAGGAUAGAGACUGUGCCACUUCAGGGGAUGGCCAGGGGCUGAAAUUGGAGCCCUGUUUCCAGACUGACUCUCUCUUGCCAACCCCCAGUGCAUCCCUGAUACCACAGCUCCUCAGCCACACAAUGGUUGGCAGGAACCUGGAUCCCACCAUUCUUUUCCGUUCCUCUCAGGCAGUGGCCUUGCCUUAUGACUACAAAUGUGAUGCAUGUCCUGGAGAAGAAGCACAAGCCCUGGCUUUCCCCAGGCCCCGUGCCCCAGCUCCCGUGCCCUGUGCUGGGGAUGGGGACCAGCUCUCCAACCAGCACCCACGGGAGCAGCUCUGUGACCAGCACUUACGAGCCAAGCGGGCCAGGGUGGAGAGCAUCAUCCAGGGCAUGAGCCUCCCACCAACUCCGCAGGCAUUUGACAUGAGCCUGGAGGCAGCUUUUAGGCAGGAGAGGGAAAGGGGUGGUGAGAUGCUACAGGAGAGCAAGAGGAAGCCAAGGGUGCCCCAGCAGAGCACGGGGGCAGCUGGAAGUGUGGCUCCCACAGGGCACAGCUCCCAUGCCAAGGGCUGUCAGCAGCUGAAGGAGCAGCUCUGCUUUUUAGAGCAGCAGCUGAGGUGGCUUCAGGAGAAGUUCUACCAAGUCUGUGACUCUGAGGAUGCUGCCCAAACACAGGAAGAUUCUGAGAAAGUGCAGCCACUGCCUGGAAAGCCUGAAGACAGACUGAACAAGGACAGGGCCACUUCCACCAGCAACCCACGCAAAGUGCCUCUCAGGAGGAGUGUCCUGGAGGUGUGUGGGCUGGAGGAGGUGGAGGACAGAGGUGACACAGGUGGCCUGCCCUUGGCAGUGAGGGUACUCUCGCAGGCACUGAAGCACGAGCUGUCUGUGGUGACAUCCCAGGUAGUGGACUCUGUCCUGAAGACUGUCUGGCCAAAGGCAGACAGCCACAUCCAGAAGCAGCACCACAGCCUUCCGAUGCUGGGGCCAGAUGCCAGGAGAGAGUAUUCUGCUGGUGGGAAAUGCAGAAAGCCACUUGGUAAGCCAUCUCCCAUGAAUGCACCAGGCUCCCUGGGCUCACCCCAGGCUGAGGUCCUGCCAGGAGCUUUGGGGAAGAGUCUGGGUUCUUAUGCUGCCUCCUUCAAGUCAAAGGGGGUCAGAAAAUCCUCUCGGGUACCCAGCAUGGGUUAUUCACUGGGCUCAGCCACCCCUGUCCAGCACAGCCAGCUGCUGAGCCAGCUGUUGGGCUAUGGCCAGCACAGCCUCUGGGGCAGCAACUCUCCUGAGAGCCCAUCUGCUCUGGAGAGGGGUUGUCCAGAGCCCCUCAAGUUGCCCUGGGAAACUGUUAAACUGAGGUCAUCGAUUGUGAGACAGCACCAUCCCCUGCCCCUGGGCCCUGCCAGCAUGGAGAGCCUGGCACUACUGCCAGCUGGCAGGGAUGGCCACGGUGAGCUGCCAGCUGCAAGUGAUGGAGCACCCUUUGCCUCGACCCACAUAUCCUUUGGGGGCAGCUAGAGGCAGAUGCAGGAGGCGCUGACCCCAGGGCACCUGAAGAAGGCCAAGCUGAUGUUUUUCUUCACCCGCUACCCCAGCUCCACUCUGCUGAAGACCUACUUCCUUGAUGUGCAGUUCAGCCGCUGCAUCACCUCCCAGCUCAUCAAGUGGUUCAGCAACUUCCGUGAGUUUUACUACAUCCAGGUGGAGAAGUUUGCCCGGCAGGCACUGCUGGAGGGUGUUGUGGAUGCUUGCACUCUCCAGGUCUCCCGGGACUCAGAGCUCUUCCGUGCCCUCAACAUGCACUACAACAAGGGGAAUGACUUUGAGGUGCCAGGGCGGUUCCUGGAGGUGGCCAGCCUGACACUGCAGGAGUUCUUCAGUGCCGUCAGGGCAGGCAAGGAUGCCGACCCCUCCUGGAAGAAACCCAUUUACAAAAUCAUUUCCAAACUAGACAGUGACAUCCCAGAAGGGUUCAAAGCUGCUGGCUGCUCCCAAGAAUUGCUCCACAGCUGA